AUGAAGUCUCUCCUCAUCUUGACCACACUUUUCGCCGGCAGCCUCGCUGCUGUUGUACCUGGACUUGAUGAUAUCCUCCCACCCAUCGGGGUCGACUGUGUGGCUGCAGAUCUUGCCAUCCAAGCGGGGCUCUUGGCCGUCCGGCCCAUGCUGCCCGACACUCCCCGCAUGGAAGACGCCCUCAAAGCCGGCACCGCCGCCUUCAAACACGAGAUUGGUUGCGGCCCGGCUCCCCCCGAGCCCGAACCCGUGCCGGAGGGCGAGCAGAUUGACUGCAGUGCAAACAAUGUGGACAAGGCCAUCGAAGAGGGCAGAAAGGUGCUCAAGGCCGGAUUCAAGGUCACGCCUCCUCGAUAUGAAGAGGCCGUGGAGGAGGGCAUCAGGGUUUUUAGGAAGACGCUCGGCUGCAAGGAGCAGGCGGAGGUCAUGGCCAGGGGUAUUUAG